AUGUCGGCGUGGGUGAAGAACGGGUCGAAGCUUUUCGGCAAGAAUGUACAACUUUCAACACAACUAGUCAUGAAGCAGGCCCGUGGAUACCAGCUCACGUUGAGAGAACACAAGCUCCUGGUGCGGACGGUCACGGACCUUUUCAAGCUAGUACCAUUCUCUUUGUUCAUCAUCAUACCAUUCGCCGAGUUGGCGUUGCCGAUUGCCUUGCGGCUCUUCCCUAAUAUGUUGCCCUCUACGUUUAGUGAUAAAAAGUCGGAUCACGCACAGUUGAUGCGCAGAAUGAAGGCAAAGGGAGAUAUGGCAGGGUUUUUCAAUGAAGUCAUUGCAGAGAAGAACAAACAGAUACUAGAAGAACAGUCAAGCAAGUUCCGAUUUUCCAAACUCUUCCAUUCGGAGUUUCAGCUGGAGCAGAUGAGUGUAGAGCAGCUGCGGGCAAUAUGUGCCAUGUUGGGAUUGCGACCGUAUGCAUUCAAAUCGCAUAUAGUGUUGCAGCUGCGACAUUAUGUUACGCGACUAAGGUCGGAGGAUCGCGAUAUUCUCUGGGAAGGAGUGAAUAACCUGAGCCACGCGGAGCUAGCUGAGGCUAACCGUAUGCGCGGUAUGCCCUACGUGAAUGUUGAUGAUGACAGGUUGAGAGCACAGCUGUCCUCGUGGCUUGAAGUAUCCUCUAAUAAGGAUAUACCAGUGUCGUUGUUGUUGUGGUCUCGAACGUUCUUUAUGGCACAGCAGCCAGGGACGGAGAGGGAGAGGCUCGUCAGCGAGCUGAAUAAUACGUAA